AUGGCUCCCUCGACGUUCAAUCUCUUCUUCACCGGCAGAGACGACCCUCGGCACUGGGUCAUCAUAGGGGAGGACACCAAGCCCGUCCUCAUAUGUUUUGAGACGCCCGAGCUGGGUGGGAUGUCCUCGGUCAAGACCACGGUAUUUCGGAAUGACAGGGAACAUGUCGCUUCCUUUGAGUGGGCCCCUGGCAAUCACCUAGGACGGGCGUCCAUUGGCCGCCGGUAUCUCCCCAUGUCACAGCUCGUCGCCUCCAGUAAUACUGGUCGGUGCUUCACCUCUGCAGACGGUCAAAGAUAUGAAUGGAGACCUAGUCAGAGUUCAUACCAUCUAUACGCCCCUGGUAACCGCCACAUAGCCAUAUAUACUCUCCAGCCUCAGGCUACGCCAGUAGGACCAGCACAUGGCAUCCUACAAUAUACCUUCAGCCACGACCUCCUACUUCUCGAAUCACUGCUCGCUUUGUCGCUCAACAGAUGGAUAGACAUUCAUGGGAUGUAA